AUAGAGUAUAAUAUUGAAAGAGAUUGCAAUUUAACACAAAUUGGAGGACUUCUAGAUACUAAGGGCUAUGGAAUCGCUACCAGAAAAGACUCCCCGUACAGAAACCCAUUAUCACACGCUAUACUCAAAUUACACGAGAAUGGAGUUCUGUUACAACUGAAGGACAGGUGGUGGAAGCAAAAGAAAGGUGGAGGACAAUGCGCUGAAGAGACCAAAAAGUCUUCGUCCGUCAAUAACCUGAGCAUCGAUCACGUCGGCGGUGUAUUUGUCGUCCUCUUAGAACUAAUAAGCGGUCUGUCCCUAUCGUUUUUGGUCGCUAUAUUCGAGUUCAUAUGGAAGGCUAGGAAAGACACCACAAAAGAGGAGUCCAUAUUCGAUGAGAUGAUCAAAGACUUCCGGUUUGCGUUCGCCUGUCAGAGCAAAACCAAAGUUCUUCAGAAGAGGGAUCAGUUCUAUAAAGACAAGUACGACGACGGCUGUCCUCCUCAGUACAGCGCUGACUUCAAUUCAGUCUAUUAGCUAUUUAUUAAUAAAUAUAAAUAUAAUUAUAAUGCAGUGUAUUAUUGACUACAUAAUCAUUGUUAUUCAUUAUUAUAGCUUAUUUAUAAACAUAACCAUUUGCUUCUACACAAAUCAAAUCCAUGCAAAUACCAGUCAAAUUAUAAUACCCUUACAAACCCUUAUCGACCCUCACAAACACUUACCAAGGUCCACUUCCACUAAACAACAGUAUGAACACUUCAACAUUUAGGUAAUGAUGUAAUACUAAUUGAAUAGGCAAUGAAUAAUUUGUAACAAAUUCUUGUUUUUACAUCAAAUGUAAAUAUCAUACGAAAUGACAU